AUGGAGGAAGCAGACCAUGAACCAGUGAGUGUGAGAAGUCACCAAAAACCAGAAAAGAUCUUGGCAGAAAACCUCACCAUGGUCACUGAGUUCCUGUUGCUGGGUUUUUCGAGCCUUGGUGAAAUUCAGCUUGCCCUCUUUGUGGUUUUUCUCAUUCUCUAUCUCCUCAUUCUUAGUGGCAAUGCCACUAUUAUCAGUGUCAUCCACCUGGAUCAGAGCCUCCACACACCAAUGUAUUUCUUCCUUGGCAUUCUAUCAACAUCCGAGACCUUCUACACCUUUGUCAUCCUACCCAAAAUGCUCGUCAAUCUGCUGUCUGUGGCCAGAACAAUCUCCCUUAUCUGCUGUGCUAUUCAAAUGUUCUUCUUCCUGGGUUUUGCUAUUACCAACUGCCUGCUGUUGGGUGUGAUGGGCUAUGACCGCUAUGCUGCCAUUUGCCACCCUCUGCAUUACCCACUCCUUAUGAGUUGGCAAGUGUGUGGAAAACUGGCAGCUGCCUGUGGAAUGGGAGGGUUUUUGGCCUCACUUACAGUGGUAAAUUUAGUUUUUAGCCUUCCUUUCUGUAGUGCCAACAAGGUCAACCAUUACUUCUGUGACAUCUCCCCAGUCAUUCGUCUGGCUUGUACCAAUACAGAUGUUCAUGAAUUUGUCAUAUUCAUCUGCGGGGUUUGUGUACUUGUGGUUCCGUUUUUCUUUAUCUGUGUUUCUUAUCUCUGCAUUCUGAGGACUAUCCUGAAGAUCCCCUCUGCUGAGGGCAAACGGAAAGCCUUUUCCACCUGUGCCUCUCACCUCACUGUGGUUGUUGUUCACUAUGGCUGUGCUUCCUUCAUCUACCUGAGGCCUACAGCAAACUAUGUGUCCAACAAGGACAGGCUGGUGACAGUAACAUACACCAUUGUUACUCCAUUACUAAAUCCCAUGGUAUAUAGCCUCAGAAACAAAGAUGUCCAACUUGCUAUCCAAAAAAUGUUGGGCAAGAAAGGAUCUCUAAAACUAUAA